CAGAGGAGAGUUCCAUUACCAAACACUUUUGGAUUUAAACCAUGACGCACAAAGGAUAACUAUCUUAAAAAUAAAUACAGUAGAAGACAAAACUAAGAAAAAACUGUCAAUAUAAAACGAAGCCCUGAGCCACAAAGAUAAUUGUUUCAUGAAAGAAUUCCGUUGGAAAACAGUGCCGUAGAGGUUGAAGUAUGGCCUACUGGGAUGGAGGCUCGGGAAGUGGUGGAAAGAAACCAUCUGACAUGAGGCAGCUUUCUCCUCGUAUAGGGCAGGUAACUCCAGAAUCAGAGGAACAAGUUAUAGAAGAGACAGAGGAUGUUGUCAGAAAUUUUUUAUUUGAACGAUACACAGAGGACCUAUCCAGUCAGUCAGAUGACAGUUCAACUGAGACAACACCUCAGAUUCAAGAGUUUAUGAAUUUUACAUCAGACCCAAUGAGUCAAGCAUCACAAGUAGGCAGGCAGCUAGCCGUUAUUGGUGAUGAUAUAAAUAGGAGGUAUGCUGAUGAGUUCAGUGAUAUGAUACAACAAUUGAGAAUUACUCAAGACACAGCAUAUGAUGUCUUUGCCAGAGUUGCCAAAAAAAUUUUUGCUGAGGGUAUAAACUGGGGACGUGUAGCAGCAUUAUUAUGCUUUGCCUAUCGUAUUGUGAUAGAAGUAUCUAAAGAAAAAGCUUCUCAGUUUGGACAGUUUGUAAAACUAAUAGUUCAUUAUGUAGUCAGAUUUAUCAGGGAAAAAAUAGUGGGAUGGAUUGUUCAACGAGGUGGAUGGAGUGAUGCCCUUAAUUACACUCUACCAUCUAACAUAGGUUAUAUAGCAGUUGGUGUGUGCUGUCUUGCUGCUGUAGCUGCUGUGUUGUAUUUUAAAAGAGGAAGUUAACUUAGAGUGACACCUAGUGAUAGAGAUUGUUUUAGUAGAGAAAUUCUAUAGUGAUAUCUUGUGGUAACCACAUGCAGAUCUCUUAUAAAUAAAAUAUGCUGAUUAAAAUAUGCAUAAUUGAUUGUUACAAAUGUAGAUAUAUUUUGUUUUAACAAUUGUAAAUAUAUUAAAUUUAUAAUUUUAUAAUAAAAAAUGUUAGAAAAAAUAGUCAUUAGUACAUUGAGAAGAAAAUGAUAGUUGGGACCUUUUCCAGAAAUAAAUGUAGAGGAGGGAGGGACUUCAUAUAACACACCCUAGAUGAAAUUUUCAUUGACUUUUUGCUUGGUUUUCUAAAACAGAUCUACAGAAACAACCUUUGGCUGUCAUAUUUCAUUUCAAGUGCCUUCCAACAACUAGUGCAAUUAAUUCUGGAAAAGCUAUUAUUGAAAUUCAGACAUAAAAUUUAAUAUAAGCUUCUACAAAAUGUAUAACUGAGAUCUUAAAUAAAUGUAGUUUCUUAUUUGAUGAGACAAUUUCUUUAUAUAUGCAAGAGAACAAUUUGAUUUUAAGUAACAAUUUUUGUUUAUUCUGUAUCCAUUGCAAACAAUUCAGUCAAAAAAAAAUCUUUCUUGAGGUACAAAAUUUAGAUUUAGAAAAAUAGAAUAAACUUUAAAUAAAAGAGUGUAUUUGGCAAUUGCAUAUUUUGUUAAGAGGCUUGUAGAUAUCUUAAGAGAUUAUUUAUUUUUGUUAAAAAAAUGCAGCUGAAAGUUGACAAACAUUUGUUGUUUCAGUUUUACUAGACUAGCUUUCAAAGCUGUUAAAAAUUUCUACUCCAUUUUUUUUCAAAAUUUAUCUGAAUGAAAACCAAUAAAUUUCUAAAUUUUAGCAAAAUAUGUUUAAUUGAAUGGAAAUAGAAGUAAAUAUUUUUUGGAUAGGGAUAAUUUGGUGAAAGGGCAAACACACUAUUUACAUUUUUGCCCAACUAACAAGAUAAACUUCUAAAGGAUGCAAACAUAAAAGUUUGCAAUGUACUAAGUGUAAUUGAAAAUCAUAUACAUGACCUAGUUCAGAUUUGGAAAUAAUAUUCUCAAUGCCUUAAAUACUGUAAUCAAAGAACCUAAUUGUUUUUCAUUACCUUUGUGCCUUUUUGGUGCAUUAAUUUUUUUUAUUACUGUAAAUUCAGAAAUUAUUGCGAGGAUUUUAAUAAUGCGAAUAAUGUGACUGGGUGAUUAUUGCAAUAUUAAGAACUCACAUUCUUAUAUCUGAUACAUAUAUGUGUAUGCAGAUUUUCCCAAAAUCGCAAUAAUUAAUCUCGCAUUUUUGUCCAUUCUUCAAAAAUUGCAAUAAUAAAUGCAUGCAAUAAUUUCUGAAUUUAAAGUAUUUUUUUUUUAAUAAUAUAUGCAAUUUUACUAUUCAAAAUGUUGAAUUAAAAUUCUGGUGCAUGUAAGAUAUUGUUUGGAUUUUUUUAGUCAAGUGUGAAAUGUUGAUUUUGAAUAUUCCAUGAGCAACAUUAUUCCAAGGACAUAGUUGCCUUUUGAAGGUCGAAAAUGAGUUUGCAUGUGUUACACACUUUAGAAUCUUUGAAAGGAAAAAAAUCACUUGGAUGGAAUUAUAAUUCAUCACAUGGUUUUUAACUUGUUUUAAUUAAGGAAGCAGCAUGAAUGGAUGGAACAUUCAAUUUUAAUUUCUUAGUUAAAAGAUAAUAGAUAUGAAAGAAACAUUACUAUUUUACACAUUGGUUUUUCCUGUAUGUUGAUAAGUCAAGUAAAUUACAUUUUUGUUCCCUGAGUUUUGCUCCAUGUUAUCCACAUUCCUGACAUAAUUGUAGAUGUAAAAUACUUCUUUGUACACUAAUUAUUAAUAAUAUAUUUUAUGUUUUAUGCAAAUUAUUUCUGUAAAUUGCACAGCAUGACAUGUAUUUAUGAUGUCCAAUUGUAACAAAUAACAAUUAUGUGUGUAGUCUCAUAUUUGAUGAUAAAACUCAGGUUGAGUUGUAAAUAUAAUGAAAUGUAAUCUAUGGUUUCAUUUAUUUAACAUUAAUCCAAUAAAUUAGAUGAUAAAAGAAAAAAAAAUUGAAAUAUCUUAGCUCUUUAGACAUGAAUGGUUUUCCUGUUCUCAUAUUAUAAGGUAGUAAUCAUUAUUUGAACUCUUUUACUCAUAAUAUUAAAAAAUUGUUGUUUUCUUUUCAUCUGCAAACUUUGAAUGGGGAUAGUAAUGAAGAAGUUAAUUUUUAUAAAGUUUUUCAGUUAUGUUUUGAUUUGUGAUACGAAUAUUAGAUAUGCAGAUAAUAUAUGUAUUACUACUUCAGCAAUUAUAAUUUGACAGUGUGAGUCAUCUACAAUCAUUAAAAUUUGAAUUUAUGAUCUAGUGCCAAAUGUUAAAAUGAUAAUGGGUAAUAAUGUUGACCAUCUAGUCAGACUUUACAAUAUUUUUACCAUACCAAUCUGAAAAAAAAACAUAACUGUAGCAGAUGUAAUUGAUUUGUUAGGGGGUGUUCUAGAAACUGUGGUAUAGGUUUUGACAGGGUGUACAAAAUAACCACUUGAUAGAUGGGCGAAUGGUGGUGGUGGUGGUGGGGGGGGGGGGGGGGGGGGGGGUAAAUGCCUCCUGACCCUCUUUUACAUUGAACAGCAGAACAGCCCAGCCACUUUAUUUUGCAUUUGAUCAUUUCUAUUGAAAACAAGCUCAUAUCUUCUAUAAAAUAUGAAUGGCCAGUACAUUUUUAUGAAAAUUUAUGUUUUGAUAUUUUGUAAAGGUUUACAUGUAUAUUGAAAGGAGUUUAGAAAAAGUAAAUAUAUGCAGCAGCCCUUUUUAUACAGACAUUAAGUGGAACGUAUUCUCUGUAACCUUUUGUCCCCCCAUCCAUCUGGUGUAAGCAUGUCAUGCACUAACUCAAGAAUGCCUGGAGUGAUUUACUUCAUACCAAAUUAUUAGGAAUGGUGGUUUAAGGGUCUGCAUACUUUUUAACAAUUUUUACUUAUGCAGUUCCAGAGUAAUGGGACUUUAUUUAUUAUUUUUACAUGUCCUCCACUAACAAGUAUGUGUUACAAAAUUUUAGCACACUCUUUUGUUAGUUAAAUAAGUGUAUAUGUUCACUCUCACUGAUGUGAGAACACGUGCAUAAGGUGCUCUUUGAGAAGCUGUUUCUGAAGAAUUGAAAUCAUUUUUUUGUCGUCUUCAUAUUCUGCAGAUUUUUCUGGUAUUUUAAACGAUCAUAGGAGAUUUAACAUAUCUAUUUUAAGGUCUUGCUCAGAUAGACUUUAUUUGCUCAAGAGAAGACAAUCUCUGGAAGAGUUCAUAGCAUUAAUUUGUUUCAAUCAUAAGUCAGAAACCAACAUAAACAUUUGAUUACAAACCUACCACAUUACUCAAAUAAGUUACUAUGUCAUUUUUUUUAUUUUAUAAAAUCAAAUUGGUACUGUUUUCAUAGUAAGCAUUUCAACUUGUAUGACAUUGCUUCAAAUAUUUCAUGUUUAAUAUGAUGAUAGUGAUAUAAACAAUAUGAAAAAUUUAAGCUUGCUUUCUUGUUCAGUUUUUUCCUCUGUUAGUAUUAUUAUCAAAUAAGUAACUAGAUUGUUCUCUUGCCUUAAAAAAUGCUUUUUUCUAUCAUAAUCUGGUAAGAAUAUUAUCAUUUUUAAUAGAAUUGUUAAAAUAGAUAAAAGUUGGUGAGCAAUAAAUCAUUAUUUCACAAUAAUGAAAUACAUGUAGUCAUUAUAAAAAUAAUCACAGGUCACAUACAGUAAUAAUUUAGAUCCUUUAUUAUUUUGAUCAUAUCUCAAAACGUUUUUUCAAUAAUUUGUGCAACUUGCAUUAUACCACCUUCAGUUUCAAAAGAUCGGACAUGUUUAAAUGACAAGAUUAAUGGUUAGUUUUAGUUAAGUUCCUGUUCAAUCUAGACAUAGAUAUUAUUCUUAGAUGAAAUGAUAAUCUUAGAUUAGUACUGUUACAAAAUAAGAAUGAUAAUCUUAGAUAAUUAUUGUAACAAGAUAAAACUGAUAAUCAUAAAACAGUAUUGACAAUGUUGAAAGUACUUAAAUCAUGUUUGUGUGUAUUCUUAUGUCUGUUUGUGUUUCAUUGAAUACAGUGAAAGGGAUUUUGCUGUUGGAUUGUACUGUGCUUUAAGCAUUCAACAAUCAAUUAGUAAAAUUUUGAUUGCUGUGUAAUACCUUUUAUGCUAUAAGCUCUGUGAUUUACAAAUAUACGAUAUUAUUGUGUAUUCAACCUUGAUGUUUUUGUUUUUGUUAAUUGAAGACUUAAGUUUCCAUUGAUAUACUUGUUUAUUUUCAGACAAUGUUGUAUUGAGCAAGAUACUUAAAUUCAGCUUUACCUAAAACAAAAGGGAACCAGUUCAUUAAAACCCUAAACAAGAAAUAGAUUUUUUUAGACUUUGGAUAACAUGCAGAUUAUUUUAUGAAGCACAGAACCAUGUAGUUAAUUUUAUGACCAUAUUACUUGUUACCGAUAUAUUGUAUUAUGAUUUUCAACAAAUGAAAUCCACUGUAAACAAACUGAAUUCAUGUUUUUGAAACAUCUGUCCAUGUAAUUUAAAAAAAAAAAAAUAGAUAAAAAGAAAGUUUGGACUUUUUACUCGCAUAGAAAAUUUUUUAUUAAACGUAAAGUCAAAGUGAAAACUAGUUAGGUUACCUUUUUCCAGAAAAAAAUAAGACUCCGAAAAACUUCAUAUCUGCUUCCAUUUUCUGAAUAUUUGUCCUGAAACUACUAUCUAUUAUAAAUACUUAACUAGUCCGAACUAUUGGAGGCCAUUGUAGUCGUUUGACUGUUAAAAUCUUUGUUAUAAAUUCUAUGAAAUUAUUUUAUUAACAAGUCUAAAUCAAUUAAAUACAACAGGUUAUAUUGUGAUCACAAUGUCAAAAUCAUUUAAGCAGAUGAAACAAAAAAUGGAAAAUUUUAGGUCUAUUUAUAAUUAACUUUAAGUUAAAGAAAGCAAAAUAGCAUAAUUAUGAUUGUGAGAUAGAGAUAUGUUUUAAUGUGUAUGAAAGAUAAGGUUUAAAAUGUGUCAUUUUACAUUUGAUACCACAUCAAAAAUUAGCUUUCAUAUUAUAUAGGUGUUUCUUUGUCCUUGUUUCACUGCAGGGUCAAUGUUUUUUUUCCACCAUAACUCUUGUUCUAGAUGAUAGAUUCAUAUUUUCCUUGAAGCAUCCUUUAUUUUUUAUUGUUUGUAAUUUCAAAAUCAGAAGAUAAAAGCCAAUAUAUGUUUGUUACAAGUUAAGAGUAAUCUGAGUUUACUGUUUUCAUUAUUUUAUUGUUUUUUUUGUGUGGUAAAAGAAGUUUUAAAGAAGUUUUAAUUUUAUUCGUUUCAAUACAUUAUGCUUUUCAUAAAAUAUGUGUAAAUGAAUAAUAAACAUGUGAUUAAAGAAGAAGUAACUUAAUUUCAUCAAAUCAGAACAAAUUUUAAUCAAAUCAUUUUCCAUUUAUGUAUCAUUGUAUGCAAAUGCAAUCAUUGAGAUUAUUGAAUAGAAUAAUGUAAGGGCUAUCCCUAAAUUAAAUCCAGGGGGAUAAAAGGCACUGAAAAUACAUGUAAGUGGGAUUUCAAAACAACCUUUCACACAAUAAUGAGUUAAAUUAUUUAAUAAAUUUGUAUGAGUGGGGUAUUGCAGAAAAAAAUGCCUUUUAACCCCUCAAACCCCAUACAUUUUAUUUUGAAAUAGCUCUCAAAUAAACUAUAAUUUAGAUGAGAGGUAUUUCAGUGUCAGUUUUAUAUUUACACAAAUGUCUUUCUGAUUUAAUCACAAACAAAUGUUAUUGACAUUCAGUGUUCACUGGAAAAUAAAAGUCGUGUAAGUUUAAAUUAAAGCUUAUGUUACUGAAAACAAUGCACAAUUGAUGACUUAUCUACAUGAUAAAAACAUUAAAUCAGAAGAUAUUUGAUGUGGCAAAAGUGUGGAAACAUCUAUCUGGUUACUUUCAUUAUAUGAGAAUGUAUGUGUUUUUAUGUUAACAUUGAAUUUGACUGAACAUAACCAAAUAGAUAGCUUUAAAAAAGCAGAAAAGUUCAAGUUAUUGAAAAUAGCCAGUUUAGUAAUAUUUUUGAGUAUACAUUGUUUCUGAUGCUCAGGAUUUUAACUUUUUGAGAUAUUUUCAAUGAACUUCAACAUCAUUCAUUUACUUUGUUUUUAUAAUGAACUACUGAAGUGCCUUUGAAAAUGUAAUGGACAAUAUGAGUGUUUGUUGAUUUUCAGUUUUUGUGAACAAUUGUAUAAAACAUUUGUUAUUGAGAUAUUAAACCACUUAAUACAUACA